AUGCUUACGUGGAAGCCUAAAUUGAAAGAUAUCAAAGAGUUCUUUGAUGAGUGGAAGGAGAAGCACCGUGAUGAAAUGCAAAGUUCUGAAUCUGAAGAAGAACAACACCGUCCUCUUGGAUGGAUUGCCAAAGAUAAACAACGUUUCAAGGAAAAACUAUGUGCUAAAACAAUUGAGCUUGAAAAGCUGGAAUUGGAGAUUCGGAACCUAAAUGCAUCGCUAAAUCUGUUGAAGGACUUAGAAAUUGAAGAGCUUAGGAAGAGGUUAGAUGUUUUGAUGAUGGAUUUAAGGGACAGAGAGGAUUCACUUCAUAAGUUAGAAGAAUCUAACAAAAGACUAAUCAUUAAGGAGAGUAAGAGUAAUGACGAGUUGCAAUAUGCUCGAAAAACAUUAAUUGAUAUCAUUAAAGAAAUAUCAACUAACGAUAACCAUAUUGGUGUGAAGAUAAUGGGGGAAUUCAAUACCAAACCAUUCAUUGAUGCUAUGGAGAAAAGGUACGAUAAGCAUGAAGCUGAAAUUAUAGGUCCAAAACUAUACUCACUGUGGAAAGAGAAUAUAAAGGACCCAAAUUGGAAUCCAUUCAAAGUUGUUUUAGUUGAUGGGGUAGCUAAGAUUGAAUUGCACAACCCGAAAAGGAGUCGAAAAGGGCAAUUGAUUGUGAUAAGUGAUGAUGAGGAUGAUGAAUAA